AUGUUUCGAGCGGACAAGGAUGGGAUCGCCAAUGGCGGAGGCCCUUGUGAUUCAUCCCGGGGAAGAUAUAACAGGCUUAUCGUCGUCUCCAUAUCAUCGUUCAUUUGCAAUUCGACACCGUUGCAGGACGGGCGCAUCGGUGCCCAGAGACGUCGCACGAUAUUAAGAAGUGGUGCCAACAUCGCUUGGUCUAGCGUCAGAAAGAGUGCUGCAAGUGGAAAGACGAAUAGGUGGAAGGGCGAAGAAAUCCGAUCGGCCACGAACCUGAGUCAGAAGUCAGGCUGUGAAGAGAACGUGGAAGUCGUCACGCCCGUACAUUGCGUGGCGUUCUAUGAGCAUACACUCCAUAGAACAAUGUCUGAAAGAAGAUCGAACGAGCGGGGUGAAACUCCAGACGUGGUUAAUAUUCAAGAAGGCAGACAAAGGGAGGGGAUGAUUCAAUGGGCAUGUCAGAUGUCGAGAAUUUGGACGAGCAAAAUGGAAGACACAGCUUGGACUUGA